AUGCCUGCGGGCAGUACGGGCACGCCCGCGGCCACGGGAAUUCCCGAUCCAUCAUACAAAGAUAUUAUUUACAAUUUCCGACACUUAAAUGAAAACGAAUUAUCAGACAUAUUUCCCGAUAAGUACAAAUAUGGUUACUUUUGUACAACAUUUUAUGUUGAUACAAGAAAAUAUAUGAAAUAUUUAACGAAACAACUAACGGAUAAGCAAGUAAUGUUUAUUAAGAAAAAAAUAAAUUCAUUAACAGAGUUCAUUGGUGUUUAUGAUAUUGUGAUUAAUUGUCUUGGAUUUGGUGCAAGAGAAGUUUGCCAUGACACAAAAAUUCGACCUAUUCGUGGGCAAAUGAUACGAGUUCAUGCUCCUUGGAUAAAACAUUUUUAUUAUACCGAUGAUAACUGUUAUCUGAUACCCAACGUUGAUUCUCUCUGCCUUGGUGGAACGAGACAAUUAGACAAUGAAAAUGUACAAGUGGAUUCAAAUGAUAAAGAUGGAAUAUGGAAGCGAUGCUUACGUUUAUGUCCAAGUUUAGCGCAAGCAGAAAUUCUUUGGGAUUGGGCUGGUUUACGACCAAAUAGAGAACCAGUUCGUCUAGAAAUUGAAAUUUAUCAAAAUGAUAUAAAAAAAUUAUCGGUAGUUCAUAAUUAUGGUCAUGGAGGUAAUGGAAUUUCUUUAUCAUGGGGUUGUGCGUGUGAUGCUACAAAACUGUUUUCAAAAUUAUACCAUGAACAUGAAUCUGAGAUGCAGACACGUUCGAAACUAUAA